CCUGGGGUUGCUGUGUCUGAGGGUGCAGAGCCUGGGGGUGCUGAGCCUGGGGGUGUUGAGUGUGGGAGUGCUGAGCCUGGGGGUGCUGAGCCUGAGCGUGCUGAGUCUGGAGGUCCUCCGGGUGUCCCGUCGCGGCGGGAGCCCCUCUCUUCGCAGCAGCUUCGUGAGUGGUACGCUCGGCGCUGUCGCGGUACUGCUGGUGCUGCUGGUGCUGCUGGAGCUGCUGGAGGUGCUCCUGGUGCUGGAGCUGCUGGAGGUGCUGCUGGUGCUGGAGUUGCUGGAGGUGCUACUGGAGGUGCUGGUGCUGUUGGAGGUCCUGCUGGUGUUGGAGAUCCUGGAGGUGCUGGAGCGGCUGGUCCUGGAGGUGCUCGUACUGGAGGUACUAGAGCUGCUGGGGCUGGUGGUGCUGCAGGAGUUGGAGCUGCAGCUGCUAGAGCUGUUGCUCCUGGAGGUGCUUCUGGAGCUAGAGCUGCUAGAGGUACUGGACCUGGUGGUGCUGCGGGAGUUGUAGCUCGAGACCCUGGAGCUGAGGGUACUGGUGCUGUCUCUGCUGUUUCUGGAGGCGCUGCGCGGCCGCGGCCGUACUACGUUCCGCUCCUUCAGCAGCGUGACCCUCUGCCGUCUCCUCUUGCGUCCUCUCUUCCUGACGGUCCGGACCCGGAGUCUGACUCCCUUCGUGCUGCUAGUCCUACUGUCACGCGCUUUCUGGCCACUGUUGUCACUGACCCUUUGUUUGAGUCCACUGCUGCGUCUGCUCUCGUUGCUGAGCUUGUUGACUUUGCUGCUGCCUGUCGCCUAGACUUCGCCACUAGUCUUGUUGCUGAGUCUGCGUCUGCGUCUGUCUGUCCUCCGUUCGUCGUGGGUGAGUGUGCUCUUGGCACAGACGUUCUUGAGGACAGACAGGAGGAGUUUGAGUACUUUGCCGCUGCUGUACAUCAUCUCGUGUCCAUGCUGCUUGCCCCUGAGGGAGACCCGGAUGCACCAGACAUCCCGACCCCGCGCUCUUACGCAGAGGCGAUAGAGGGUCCCUACUCCUCUCAGUGGCAGGCAGCCAUGGACGCCAAGAUGGCUUCCUGGAAGUCCACAGGCACCUACGUCGACGAGGUUCCCCCACCUGGGGCGAACAUCGUCAGUGGCAUGUGGAUCUUCAGGGUGAAGCGGCCGCCGGGUUCUCCGCCUGUCUUCAAGGCGCGUUACGUUGCACGUGGCUUCAGUCAGCGUCAGGGAGUUGACUUCUUCCAGACCUUCUCCCCUACCCCGAAGAUGACCACUCUUCGGGGACUGCUGCUCGUCGCCGCUCAGCGUGACUACGAGCUCCACUCGCUUGACUUCAGCACAGCCUUCCUACAGGGCAGCCUGCACAAGGAGAUCUGGCUGCGCCGCCCACCUGGCUUCACUGGGUCGUUUCCUGCUGGUACCCAGUGGAGCCUCCGGCGGCCAGUCUACGGUCUCCACCAGGCACCCCGUGAGUGGCACGACACACUGAGGAUGACUCUUGCUGCUCUUGGUUUUGCUCCUUCCACUGCUGACCCAUCGCUGUUUUUACGCACUCACACCACUCUGCCGCCGUUCUACGUUCUCGUGUACGUAGACGACUUGGUCUUUGCUACUGCUGACACUGAGGCACUCGCCCACGUGAAGUCUGAGCUGCAGAAGAGACACACGUGCACAGACCUGGCGUGA